AUGGCGUGGCUAUCAACUAUCGCCAGCAUAUCCUCAUACCUCCUCCUUCCACUUACGUUUAUUUUCAAGUCGCUGCUAAUAGUCCUUGCGCCCGUAAUUCACCUGGGAAGUUACUUCGCAGCUGCCGCAUUGCUACCCUUGAAGCUACUCGUAAAGUUUGAGACUUUAUACAUCUAUCUCGGAGUAGCGGCAAUUAUUGGACUUAUAACAGGCUCCAUACUCUACCUUUCCUCAUCUAUCCUCGUAAUGGUCUUCGAUCUUAACUCUGCUCCCGCGGACCGAAAUCAAUCGGCAGCUUCGAUACGAGCUACAAAAGAACAGAAGGAACUUGAGGGAGCCUGGAAGAGCUCACUCUCUAAGUCAGGUCCGGACAGGUGGAGAAGCAAACCAACAGAGUGGCAGGAUCUGGAUCGAGGGAAGCGGCGAGAUGAUACCGGCCUGCUUGGACAGACAAUAAUCGAGGAGGAUGAUGAUUCUGAUGAAUAUUAG